AUGUCACAAUUUGAUACAUUUCUUGAUAAUUAUGUCAAUGAUAAUUUCAAUAAUAAUAGUUCUAACAAUAAUAAUAAUUCAAAUUACCAGCAAAAUCAACAACAACAUCAACAAAUUCCUACAACAAUAAAAAGAGAAAAUUUCGAUGAAUUUUUAAGUGGAUCACUAGAUAUAAAGAGGCAAUUGUCUCAAUCAUUAGGAGUUGGUAGUAGUAAUUCAUAUAAUGGUUCAUCAUCAUCUUAUCAACAACAUCAACAACAUCAUCAUGGAGGCAUAUCUAAACCUCAUUCAAGAAGAAACUCAGCAUAUAUAAGAUCUCAAGAAGGUAGUGAUAAUGAACAAGAUGAUGAAGUUGACGAAAAUAAUAUCAAUAAACAAUUUAGUAAUGAUAAUAAUGGAGGUUUAGAAGGUGAUGAUGAUGAUAAAGAUCAAGGUAAUGAAAGGAAAAGAAGAGAUAAUAUAAACGAUAAAAUUCAAGAAUUAUUAACAUUAAUACCAAAUGAAUAUUUUAUAACGAAAGAAGAUUCAACAUCUACACAAAAUUUAACCACUACUAAAAUUAAAAAAGAAGAAUCCCCUAUUGAAAAAUCACCAAGUGAAGAAGAUAUAAAUAAUACAGUUAGUAAAACAGGAACAAAAGAUGGUAAACCAAAUAAGGGACAAAUAUUAACAAAAUCAGUUGAAUAUUUACAAUCUUUACAAAAUUUAAUUGAUGAAAAUAAUAGAAAAGAAGUUGAAUUAAUAAUGAAACUAGAAAAUUUAAAAUUAAAAAAAUCAAAACAUCAACAAUUGAAUAAUGGUGAAAAUGUACCAAUACGGAUUGGUUAUACUUCUGCUGAAAGAGCUUUGGGAGAAAUCGGGGUUGGACCAUGUUCUGAAGAUUAUUUUAAAGAUGUUUUGGUGAAAAGUGCAAAUUCUAGUAAAUCAAGUAGAAAAAGUCUACAUAAUUAA